CUAUUCAAUUGCUUGUAAUAAUCAAAGGGUAUAGAGAGGAGAAGGAGACGGCAAGAUGGCGAAAGAUGAUAAGAAAGCAGAAGAGGUGGACGUCCCGCCCCAGCGGCAGGGUGCACGACCGGAUUUCUCGAUACCGCCGCCGAGGAAGAAGCUGCCGAAGGAGUUGCAGGAGACGCUGGACAGCGAGGAGAAGAUGUGGGAGGUUAUGUACGAGGGGAGGAGCAAAGACACAACUGAGACGAACAUCCGCUAUGCCGCCUACGCCUCCCGCAUCCGCACCAUCAUGAUAUCCGCCCAGCGCUACGUAGCCUACACCUCCGACAUAGGCGAGUCCUUCCGGCCCGUCGCACACCCCUGGCUUGUCCGCAGCGCAUACGGCAUCUCCUGGCUGUAUGUAACCGGCGACACCCUCAACGAGGGCUACAAGGCGUAUAUACGGAACCAACACGUGAAGCAUCCCGAACUAAACAUCAGUCAAGAGAGCAGCGGCAGCAUCAAGGACAAAGCCAAGAACCUGAAGGAAGCGCUCAAGGAUACGUCCGGGGUCAAGACUGGUGGGGAGGGCAGUGCGAUAACGGGCGGAGAUGUCAUCCCUGGUAAAGUGCCAGCGAUUGAGGAUUAUAGAGCGGUUAUGGUGCAGAGGGCGACGUUCCAGGCGGUUGCGAGUAUGGGGCUGCCGGCGUUUACGAUUCAUAGUAUUGUGCGGUACUCGGGCAGGGCAAUGAAGGAUGUGAAGAAUAAGACAUUGAGGACUUGGGGUCCUAUCGGGCUCGGUCUCGCAGCCGUUCCCUUCCUUCCAUAUAUCUUCGACGAGCCGGUAGAGAAGGCGACUGAAUGGCUGUUCUACAACGGGUUCAAGGCAAUUGGUGGACCGCAGGCUGUUGAGGGACGACCGGUUACGGGUAACAAGGAGCUGAGGAAGGUGGAGAGCCAUGUUGGCGGCGCGGGCGAGGAGAAAGAGCUUUGAGCGUCCCGUUUGUUGGGAUAAUAAGGUGGGGAUGAUUGAAAUGCGCCGCGCUCUCCCGGGGUUUGCGACGCAUGGCUAAUGAUUUGUAGUGAUACCGAGAUACGAUUUCCCCUCUUCGAGUAGCGUGUAUAUACGAGAAUCAAAGCAUCUCCAUUAUCGUGUCCGAGGGCGCAAUGUUUUUGAUC